GUCUAGACGAUUGGAGUUAUGAAGAAAUGUGGAGCACGUUUUUGAAGUUUGGUAGAGUUUUUGAUAUCUAUUCGCCAAAUAGAAGAAGCAGGAAUGGAAGUAGAUUCGGCUUUGUGAGAUUUCUAGGGGUGACUGACAAGAAGGAAAUGGAAAGGAAGUUGAAUUAGAUUUGGGUUAGAGGCCGGAAAGUGUGGGUGAACAUGCCAAGGUUCAAUUCUAAGAAGAAGGAAGUUGGGGUAAAAAGAAAAUAUAACGGAAGGAUGGCAAAUGUUCAGAGUAAAAGUUAUGCUGAGGUGGUAAAAGGAUCACAAGAGAAGGAGAUGGCAGCGGAUCAAAGCAUUCAGAGAAUGGUUGAUCGUGGCAGAGAUAGAAGUACUGUCAAAGAAGCUAAGAUGCAUGCAGGGCAUGACUUGCAAAGGAGAUACAGAGAUAGAAGUAGACACGAUCUUCGGCAAUCCGGAAAUAGGAGAGUGUGGAAAGAAAAAGGAAGAGGAGACAGCUGGGCUGGUAUGGAGUUCAACAUCAAACUGGAAGAGUAUGUGUGGCUCGAAGGCAGCUACGUUGGAAUAGUGCACUCUGUGGAGAUGGUACGCAACCUACAAGAAAAAUUCUAUAUGGAGGGGUAUUUUUCUUGUCAAAUCCGAGCAAUGGGAGGCAAAAUGGUUCUGUUAUCUAGACAGGAUAAAGAGGAAGUGAAGGAUUUAGUUGAAAUGGCAUCGGAGUGGCUGGGGCGUUGGUUUGAAGAAGUGAGGCCAUGGACACCACAGAUGACAGCAAAAGAGAGAUUUGUGUGGAUAAGGUGUCAAGGAGCACCAUUGAAUGUCUGGGGAAGUGAAUUCUUUUCAACCAUGGGUAGUUCAUGGGGCAAAUUUAUCUGCUUGGAUGAUAGUACAAGCAAGAAGGUAAGGUUUGACAUUGCUAGAUUUCUGAUUUCUUCUUCAGUUAUGGAGACAAUCAAUGUUACAAGGGAAAUCAAAAUCAAUGGAAGUUUAUUCAAGCUGAAAUUCACAGAGGAGGAAUCCAUUAAUAGCUUCUUCUCUUUGAAACAAGAUUUUAUGCCUUCCUUUAGUAGUGAAUUUGAAGAUCAUGAAACAUGGUCCAUCGGAACAGAAUCGGAGAUGCAAGACGAGGAAGAUGGAAGGAGGAAGGAGAAGGUUUCAGCCGGUUGUUCAACCGAAGAAGAUGAUGACGUAAUAGGACGUAAGAGAGAUGAAGAAAGAAGAAAUGAAGUUCAAUCUAGGAGGAAAGAAGGGGAUAUUGAAGAAACCGUUGGUGACAACUUGGAGAAAAUUCAAAUUUCAAAUGUAAGUGAAAGAAGCAGGCGGACAAAGGACGUGGCUACAGGUCAGAUGGUGCAGGCCAUUGUUUCGGUAAUUGGAGAAUCAAAAACAGAAGAUUAUACUGACAAAAUGAAGCCCAACAACCAAACGGUAACCAGGCCCACUUUGAAGGGAGAAAACCCAAAGGCAAUGGAGUCCACAAAUGUGGAAAUGGCCCAAAAAGAAACUAUAAUAGAGACCCCAAUUACAGACCAAAACAGAGACAAGUCUGGAACCGAAAAAUCUGCAGAAGAGAGGGGCGAUGAAGAAGAAGAUGCAUUUUGGAAAGGUCACGAAUCAGAGAGAAGCCGAAUAGAAGAGUGGAUCGGGAAACAGCUGGAGGAGAUUAACUCAAAAAAUGGUAGAAGGAAGGAGAUAUGGGACUUGGCGACGCAGUUAGGGGCGGUGGCGGAGAAUGACAAUGAGGUGAUUCAACGAAUUGAGGAAAUGGAGGACAGAGAUCGAAGAUCAAAAAGGAGUAUGGUAAACCGAGAGGUUGAAGCCGGUGGGAAGGAUAUGGAUUGGGUUGCUAAGCCUUCUAAUGGAAUGUCUGGAGGGUUGAUAUGUAUUUGGGACACUAAAAUGUUGAAGAAGAAAGAGACUAUAGAAGGAGAAAAUUUUUUAGGGGUGUUUGGACUGUGGGGACUAGAGGAGACACCGGUGUUCAUAAUAAACAUUUAUUCUCCGUGUCAAAUUACAAAAAAAAGGGCAUUAUGGGAGGAGCUGCAAGGUCUAAUUAUUAAUAGAAGGGGGAUGUGGUGCUUAACAGGGGAUUUUAACGCUGUAAGAAGGGUUGAGGAAAGAGCAGGUUGUAAGAUGGUGUCCAAUGAAAUGAGGGAGUUUGAUGCUUUUAUCCACAACAGUGAGCUGGUUUAUUUGCCUUUGAUAGGGAGAAAAUAUACUUGGUAUAAUUCAAAUGGGAAUCAAAUGAGUAGGAUUGAUAGAUUUCUGUUUUCAGAAGAAUGGAUAUCAAAGUGGAGCGAUUUGAAACAGUCGGGAUUGAGGAGGAAUGUAUCAGAUCACUGCCCUAUAAUGAUAAAAAAUGAGCAAGUCGACUGGGGUCCAAAACCGUUCAGAUUUUUUGAUGCUUGGUUGGACCAACCGGGAUGCAAGGAGGUGAUUAAGAGUGCAUGGUGUGACAACGAGGUGGACGGAUGGUAUGGAUUUAAAAUUAAAGAAAAGAUGAAAAGAACAAAGAAGGCACUAAAGGAGUGGAGUGGCAAAACCAACAGGGAGAUGGUUGAAAGAAUAAGGAAUGCAGAGUUAGUGAUCGCUUCUGUUGAUGAGAAAGGAGAGCAGCACCAGUUGUCAGAUAAUGACGUAGAAUUGAGGAGGAAUAGUUUUAUUGAAUUGUGGAAGAAUUUAAAAAUCAAGGAGAGGAUGAGUCAACAAAAAUCAAGAAAGCAGUGGCUGAAGGAAGGUGACGCAAACAAAAAAUUCUUUCACAGAAGCAUCAAGGGAAGAUGGAGCAAGAAUGAGAUUAAUAGUGUCCGGAUAAAUGGGGAGCAGCAUACAGGAGUGGAGGUAUUAAAGAGAGAGAUUGCUAAAUACUUCCAAGAUUUGUUCACAGAAGAAAAAUGGAGGAGACCAAAGCUAGAUGGAAUAUGCUUUAGGCAAAUCACAAAGGCUGAUAAUGAGUUUCUCACGGCUGCUUUUACGGAACAGGAAAUUAAAGAAGCAAUAUGGAACUGUGACCCUUCCAAAUCCCCAGGACUAGACGGAUUCAACUUCAGAUUUAUCAUAUCAAUGUGGGAUGUUAUAAAAGCUGAUAUUGUCAACUUUGUGCGGGAGUUCCAUCAGCAUGGUAGACUGGUCAAAGGGUCAAAUGCUUCCUUCAUUGUGUUAAUUCCAAAAACCGAAAAUCCACAAGCAAUUGAGGAAUAUAGGCCAAUUUCCUUGAUAGGAGUCACAUACAAAAUCAUUGCAAAGCUUCUAGCAAAUCGCUUGCAGAAGGUGCUGCCCAAGGUGAUUGGGGAGCAGCAGAUGGCUUUUAUCGAAGGAAGGCAUUUAGUGGACGGUGCAGUGAUUGCAAAUGAGAUUAUGGAUGGAGUUAAGAGGAAAAAGAAGAAGGGAUUUCUAUUUAAAGUCGACUUCGAGAAAGCCUACGACAAGGUAUGCUGGGAAUUCAUAGAAUAUAUGAUGAUGAGGAUGGGAUUCUAUGCAACAUGGAGGAAAUGGAUCCAAGAGUGCUUGGAAUCGAGCUCGGUGUCUAUUCUUGUCAAUGGCAGUCCGACGAACCAAUUCCCGGUUAAUAAAGGCAUUCGCCAAGGAGAUCCAUUAUCCCCGUUCUUAUUCUUGAUAGUGGCAGAGGGAUUGAAUGGACUACUGGCAUCGGAAGUGGAGAAGGGGAGGUACAAAGGAGUGGAAGUUGGGAGCGGAGAUGUAAUGGUCAUGCAUCUUCAAUUCGCGGACGACACAAUCUUCUUUGGAGAUGCAACGGAAGACAACAUAUGGGUGAUCAAAUGUAUUAUGAGGACAUUUGAGUUAGCCUCGGGAUUGAAGAUUAAUUUUAGGAAGAGCCAGUUGAUUGGUGUGGGAGCUGAUCAAAAUUGGUGUGCUAAAAUGGCAUUUCAGUUGUGCUGUAAGGAAGGGAAACUGCCAUUUAGGUAUUUGGGAAUACCAAUCGGAGGGAAUCACAGAAGAAGAGCUAUGUGGCAGCCAAUGGUGGAGUCUGUUAGAAAGAAGCUAGCCGCUGGAGAGGAUGGGGAAAGAGGUUUAGGAGUGAGGGAUUUGAGGAAAUUCAAUUUGGCAUUGAUGGGAAAAUGGUGGGGAAGGCUUGCAGAAAAUGGGGAGGGCAUGUGGAAAAAAAUUAUUGUUGCAAAAUAUGGAAAGGGAGGGGGGCAUUGGCAGGAUUGGAUAGAUGAAAGUAGAGGAGUAGGAUCAACUUGGUGGAGGGAUGUGUGUGAUAUAAAUGCAAUGGAUGGGGAAAGCAAUGGAUGGCUAAAAGAGGGUUUUAGGGUUAAGAUCGGGGAGGGUAAUACGGUCAAUUUCUGGUGGGACAAAUGGAGGGGAGAAGAGUGUCUAGCUAAUAUGUUUCCAAGACUGUACUUGUUAGCUACAGAGAAGACAAAGAUGUGCAGUGAAAUGGGAAGUAGAACUAGCGGUUUGUGGGAGUGGAACUUAACAUGGAGAAGGAAUUUAUUCGAAUGGGAAAAGGAGGAAGCAAUGGAAUUACACAACUCGAUUCAAAAUGUGCAACCGUCACAAGGAGGUAUGGAUAAGUGGGAGUGGAUACACAACAAGGAUGGCCAAUACUCAACAAAGUCAGCAUACUCAAUAUUGGCGAAAGAGGGGAGGGAAGCAACGGAAAUUACAACCUUCUGUAGAAUCUGGAAUUCUGUUCUGCCAAGCAAAAUUUCAGCAUUCAACUGGCAAUUACUACUUGACAGGAUUCCAACUAAAAUGAAUCUGAUGACAAGAGGGAUCAUCAAAGACAAUCAAGACUGCAAAUGCGGAUUAUGUGGUGAGGAAGAAGAGGACACAAAGCAUCUGUUUCUGGAGUGUAGUAUGGUCUGAUGGAUAUGGAUGGCUUGUGCAAAAUGGUGGGGUAUUAAUAUUACUUUGGGAGCGGACUGCUGGAAUACCUUUCAAGUGGCUGGAAGAGAACUAAAAGAGAAAGGUAGUAGAGAAGGGUGGGAUUGCAUUUGGAAUGCUCUUGUGUGGACAAUAUGGCUGGCUUGAAACAAAAAAACAUUCCAAGG